AUGGCUAACUUGGCUAACCCGUCUGGUUUUUCAAACCUUCUUCGUAGUCAAAUUCCAGUAGACCUUGAUUCACCCGAACCUUUUUGGUUCGGGUCCCAAGUUCCUGAUGAGUCUCCUAGCCAAGUUCCUGAAGAGUCUGGUGUUAAGGAGAGGAGGAAAUAUUCUCCCAGAGAGGAUAAAAUCCUUAUUGGUGCUUGGCUUAACACCAGUAAGGACCCUGUCGUCGGCAAUGAGCAGAAAGCUGGUGCUUUCUGGAAGCGUAUUGUAGAGUACUACAACGCAAGCCCUCACCUCGUUGGGCAAAUACCGAGGGAGAUUACUUCUUGCAAGCAGAGGUGGGCUAGGAUCAACGAGCAAGUAUCCAAAAAUGGUCGUCCACCUAUGUGGCUAAGGAUGGUGGAAAGGAAAAGCGGAGGCAAGGAAAAGCGGAGGCAAGUGUUGGGGGUUGAUAGAGAAGAAGAGGACGUGGGAGAACCAGAAGCUAGACCUAUCGGGGUAAAGGCUGCGAAAGCUGGCAGUAAGAAGAAGAAGAGUGGUAGAGAAGAGGAGUUGUCAAAGCUACAUGGCGUGUUAGAACUGAAGGAAAAACUCUCUAGGCAUAAAGUCCUUGAUCGCUUGCUCGCGAAGAAAGAGCCACUGUCUGAGAUGGAAACAUCGCUAAAACUCAAGCUAAUGUCUGAAAUGUUAAUGUCAAGAUGUCACGGGAGAAGAGGAGUUGUCAAAGUCUUUUGGUCUUUAGCUAAGGUGAAGUUGUCACGGGUGCAUUUGGAGAUGUGA